AGGGGCGGCGGAGGGCGACGGUGAGGUGAGGUGAGAGGGGAAGCUGCCUGCGUGCACCGUGCCCCGGCCGGGCCCCGCCCACGCUGUCCUCCCUCCUCUUGCUCACUCACUCCCACCAAAGCUCUCCUCCUCUCACCAACUCUCUCUUAUCUCCUUCCAAGAUCCCUUUUCCAUUCCCCCUUUCGUCUUUGCUAAGCUAGCUAGGACCAUUCUUUGAUCUUUCCCUGGCUCCAAAUACCCCCGUUCCAGCUGCCUGCGGAGAUCCGAUUGUUCCCUCCUGCCCUGUCCUGCUUGCGACAGAGUGAUUAAGCUCCAAUUUGACUUGUUGAUUCUUGGUUCCUGCGUCUCCCCUUCUUCCCCGGGCUUCGAUUCCACCGAAUCCCGCCCGCCUAAUAUUUUGUUUGUAAAGUGGGUUCCAUCGCGUCACCCUCACGGUGUCUCCGAUCGGCCGGAGAAAGCAGCUAGCCAAAAGGCAGGUUCUUGAUGCGGUUGUGGUCGUAGCGGCGGCAGCAGCAUCUCUCCUUUCUUUCUUUCUAUCCACUGGGACUGCGUGGUGGCUCCUCCUCGUCUUGUUGUUUAUCUGCGAGGAGCACUGGGCAACCGCAGUGCUCCGCGCGCAUUUUCCGACUCUGAUCGAUGCUUGCCCUGGUCGCCACCUUCGUCUUCUCCUGCCUCCUCUUCUUGUCCAAGCCAUGCGCCCGUGACAUGAGAUUGUUCCUCGCCUCCAUCUGCCAAGAACUCGCGCUCUCGCUGCUCGGAUUCUUGGCCGGCUACAGGCUGCUCGGAGGCGUCGCCUCCACGGCCACGGCCGCCGACGCCAUGCCGCUCAUGCAGUCCUUCAAGAGGAAGCGCCCAGCGGCCAAGAUGGAGAGCGCCGAGGACACCGGUGAGCCCUCCGUGCUCGACCUCCCGGAGCUGGCAAUCGACUGCAUUCUCGCCAAGCUGCCGCCGGCAGAGCUGCGGAACAUGGCCGCCGUCUGCCGUUCCAUGCGGGACCGAUGCCGGAGCGACCACUUCUGGGAGAGCCACAUGUCCCGCAAGUGGGGCUCUGUCCUGGGCACCGCCGCCAGGGAAGAGUGGAGGUCGUAUCUGUCCUCGUCGACCGCGCCCGGUGGCGGCGCCUCGUGCGGCUCUGCUGGCAGCGCCAAGCACCGGAGGUGGCUCGCCGCGCUGUCCUGCGUCUGCCCGGUCGUGUCCUGGAUGCGGCCUAGGGCCGACGGCGGCGCCGGCAGGUUGGCGGGCCCUGUGCUCGAUGAUUCCGUCAUGUCGUGGUAUCUCCACAUGGAGAGCGGCAAGUUUUGGUUCCCGGCACAAGUCUACAACCGAGAGCAUGGACAUGUUGGGUUCAUGAUGUCAUGCUAUGAUGCAGAGCUCAGCUAUGAUUUCCGCACAGACUCGUUCCGUGCAAGGUAUCCACCACACGGGCGACGAACUGUCGUCGUGGAGGAUGGUGUGCAUUGGGACAGGAUCAGGGCAGCUCCGGUGGAAACCCUUGCACAUGAUCUGCAUGCCUCUGACAGCCUACAUCAACUCCGGCCUGGCGAUAACAUUGAAAUUCAGUGGAGAAGGAACAAGGAGUUCCCAUAUGGCUGGUGGUAUGGAGUUGUUGGCCACUUGGAGUCAUGCGAUGGAAAUGAACACUUUUGUCGGUGUCAUCUUAGUGAUACUGUUGUGCUGGAGUUCAACCAAUACACACCUGGCUCAAGAUGGAGGCAGUCUCUGGUCAACCGGAAGGACCACAGGGAAGAGGGCAACGAGGGCGUUGGAUUCUACGGUGGAAUAAGGAAACUCCACAAAAAGGAUGAAAUCUCCAAGUGGAAGCAGCUGUGGCCAACAGAUAUCCUGGAAUAACACGCUAUUUUGUCAUUACGAUGCAUCAAGAUGGUUAACUGAUUGAUACCUUCCAUUGAUUCAAUCGACGCCGUCCCUCUGUUCAAGCUGUACACACGGAUAGAACACGAGGUGACAGAUCUGGUAGCUGGACACGGUUGUAAACUUACUGUCAGGCAAAAUAAACGCAGACUGCUUCUUUAUUUAGGGGACUGUAGGCCUGCAAUAAAGCCUACAUCAUCCAGUGUAUGUAUGUAACCGCAGUCUGUGCCCUUUUUGCCUGCUGUCGUAGUUCUAGAGCAGAAAGAUCAAAUGUAAAUUACAAUUUAGUUCAGAUUUACGACACAUUUGUCGCAAUUGUCUC